CAGAGGCAGUCUGGAAGACCCUUCCUGGGAACCAUCCAGCUCUGCACGGAGAGAGAGGGGGCGAGGGGGUGAGCGAGAGAGGGGGCGAGGGGGGACAGAGGCCACCGCUAGCCCCCGGAAGAGCAGAGGCAGUCUGGAAGACCCUUCCUGGGAACCAUCCAGCUCUGCACGGAGAGAGAGGGGGCGAGGGGGUGAGCGAGAGAGGGGACGAGGCGGGACAGAGGCCACCGCUAGCCCCCGGAAGAGCAGAGGCAGUCUGGAAGAGAGUGUGAAGAAGAGGAGACGUCAGUCCCGCAGCCCCAGUGUCGAAAUCAUCUAUGAAGGCAUGACCGUGACCACCGCUAGCCCCUUACGACCCAAACACAACCACAAACGCGACGGCAAACACCGGAGAAAACAACGUCACGACCGCACCCUCCAACGCUCUCCCAUGGUCAUCACUAUAGACAGCGACAGUGACAACAAACACACAGUCCAAAAGACCAGUCUGGAAGAUGACCGCGCUCUGGAUUUUUCUGACCGUUCUUUGACCGUGCCUGGUCUUCCACUAGGCGGCCACAACCUGGACAUGGGGGUUGAUAUCAGUGAUUUUGCGGUCGAUGUUCUCGACCGUUCUCUGAGCGUUUCGGACCAUAACUCGGACAUUGACCACAAUGACGGAAUCGACCAUAAAACGGAGCUCGAUGACGACUGUGUGGUUGACGUUUCUGUCAACGUCAAGGACCGCGUUCUGAACACAAACACUAAUGCAAAUGCGGUCGACCGUCCCCAGGACGCAGACGGUUAUGUUCUCCCCCAGGUCAAUCUUACCUGUGACCCUGGGGUCGCGACCUCUGACUCUCAUCUCCUAGCGACCAUCCUAAAGGACCUAGAACACAUCACACUCCCUAACCUGAACCCAGACCCUAACCACAGCCGUAAUUCAACCACACCGGACUACAGAGAGAACGCCAGGGAGAACGCCAGGGAGAACGCCUGGCCGGCCAGAGAGAACGCCAGGGAGAACGCCUGGCCGGCCAGAGAGAACACACCGACUUCCUGGUCCUCUGAGGGAGAGACUAACUUCAACAGCCCUGUUUCACCUUCAGCCAAUCACUCUCUGAGUUCUGAAUCAUUCACAGACAACCACUCUGCUAGUCCUAUAUCUCCUGUAGGUCACCCGGCUAGUCCUAUAUCUCCUGUAGGUCACCCUGCUAGUCCUAUAUCUCCUGUAGGUCACCCUGCUAGUCCUAUAUCUCCUGUAGGUCACCCUGCUAGUCCUAUAUCUCCUGUAGGUCACCCUGCUAGUCCUAUAUCUCCUGUAGGUCACCCUGCUAGUCCUAUAUCUCCUAUAGGUCACCCUGCUAGUCCUAUAUCUCCUGUAGGUCACCCUGCUAGUCCUAUAUCUCCUGUAGGUCACCCUGCUCAGUCCUAUAUCUCCUGUAGGUCACCCUGCUAGUCCUAUAUCUCCUAUAGGUCACCCUGCUAGUCCUAUAUCUCCUGUAGGUCACCCUGCUAGUCCUAUAUCUCCUGUAGGUCACCCUGCUAGUCCUAUAUCUCCUGUAGGUCACCCUGCUAGUCCUAUAUCUCCUGUAGGUCACCCUGCUAGUCCUAUAUCUCCUGUAGGUCACCCUGCUAGUCCUAUAUCUCCUGUAGGUCACCCUGCUAGUCCUAUAUCUCCUGUAGGUCACCCUGCGAGUCCUAUAUCUCCUGUAGGUCACCCUGCUAGUCCUAUAUCUCCUGUAGGUCACCCUGCUAGUCCUAUAUCUCCUGUAAGUCACCCUGCUAGUCCUAGAUCUCCUCUCGGUCACUCUGACAGUCCUAUAUCUCCUGAAGGUCACUCUGCUGGUCCUAUAGGUCACUUUGCUGGUCCUGUAGGUCACUUUGCUGGUCCUAUAGGUCACUCUGUUGGUCCUAUAGGUCACUCUGCUGGUCCUGUAGGUCACUCUGCUGUUCCUAUAGGUCACUCUGAUGGUCCUAUAGGUCACUCUGCUGAUCCUAUAGGUCACUCUGCCAGUCCUGUACAUCACAACUCUAGUGCAGUAUCACCCAUUGUCCACCAUUCUAACAGUCCUUUAUCAUCACCCAUAGCUGGCUCUAUAUCGAUAGAAAACCCCCGCUUACCUUCUAGCACUGGGUCAUCUGUAUCGGCCAAGCGUGAUGAGGAGGGGCCUGUAACGGCAAGGCGUGAUGAGGAGGGGCCUGUAUCGGCCAGGCGUGAUGAGGAGGGGCCUGUAUCGACCAGGCGUGAUGAGGGGGGGCCUGUAUCGGCCAGGCGUGAUGAGGAGGGGCCUGUAUCGGCCAGGGAUGAUGAGGAUGGGCCUGUAUCGGCCAGGCGUGAUGAGGAUGGGCCUGUAUCGGCCAGGCGUGAUGAGGAGGGGCCUGUAUCGGCCAGGCGUGAUGAGGAGGGGCCUGUAUCGGCCAGGCGUGAUGAGGAGGGGCCUGUAUCGGCCAGGCGUGAUGAGGAGGGGCCUGUAUCGGCCAGGCGUGAUGAGGAGGGGCCUGUAUCGGCCAGGCGUGAUGAGGAGGGGCCUGUAUCGGCCAGGCGUGAUCAGGAGGGUCCUGUACACUAACACGGUAUACAGCACUGACUGAUUGAUCACCUGGACACACACACUUACAUGAACUGCCCCACACACACACACACACUUGAACUGCCACACACACACACACACCAUUUGAAUGUGCUGAGGUUGUUUAACAUUAUUUGAAACCUGUUGUCUUCUACAAAAUGGACUCUUGAAUGAUAAUCUUUCUGCAGGAAAAAAAAAAACAAAUAAAAUCACAUUUGACGAUAAAUUUA